AUGUCCAACAAAGCUCUCGUCUUCAAGCAGAUCCCCCAGGGAUACCCUGUCCCCGGUCAGGAUCUCACCAUCGAGGCCGCUGCCUACGAUGCCAAUGUUGCCGCUCCCGACAACGGUGUCGUCCUGCAAUCCCUCUAUACUAGCUACGACCCUUACAUGCGUGGCCGCAUGCGCCCCGCUGAGGUCAAGUCCUACGCCCCUGCCUUCGCCCUCGACAAGCCUAUCGAGAGCGCUAGCAUCGCCAAGGUCGUCCGUUCCAACAAUGCCACCUACAAGGAGGGAGACCUGGUGAUCGGUCACGUCGCUGUCCAGGAAUACAUUGCUCUUGACGCCCCCAACCUGGUCCGCAUCCGCAAGCUCGAGAACCCCCCUCGGCAUUGA